CAAUCCCACUUUAUAUAACCUUAGAUUCUGAUUUAUAGGCAAAGCAAUCUCACUCUUGGGUUUUCAGCAAAGCACGCACAAAGGGAACAAUUUGUUUGAGCUCUCUAGUCUCUCCCUCUCUCACUAACUAUGACUGAUCAUCACCAGGACCCCAAUCAAAAACUUCCAUCUUCUUCUAAGAAAACUCCCACUCAAAUCAACAACCCCAACACCGAAGCCAACUUCUCGGGUCAAAACGUCCGAUACCGGAACCCGCCAGACGCAGCGAAUCCGGACCCGGCAACGCUCCGGGAGCAAUGGAAGUUCGCCACUAGACAAUACGCCAAAUGGUACUCUCAUGCUUGGGGCACCGCCAUUCUUGCUGGUUUCUCCUUCUUUGCACUCGGUUGGAUCAUCAAGGGCUCUAAUCCUCUGCCUUCUUUCCACGAUAAGCCCCCUGAGUCUUCCUCCGAUUCUUCUUCUUCUUCUUCUUCUUCUUCCACCUCUGCUAAUGAUGCAAAUGAAGCUCGCCGGUGAUGGUGGAUGCCACAGGCCCACAGCAAUUAGGAAGAGAGCCAUUCCAUCCGUGGGUCUAACAACCGAACCUUUAACUGGUCUUGGUGUACAGUAUCUUGAGAGCGUCAUACUGUGUUUCUUUCCUGGGUAAUGGAGUAGAUCAGUUUGCUGUUGGUGCACCAUUACUAUUCUGGAUAGUCUUCCAAAUUUGGUUCUCGGCCUUGUAUAAAUUCUGACACUGUAUGUUUAUCUUGAACAAUUGUAUGACAUGGUCUGCUGUCAAAAUUUCUUAGUUCUGAAGCUUUUUGGGGAAAUCUUUGCCUAAAAAAGCUUCCAUUCCAGUUUGGAUUCUUUGUUAGUGUAAAAAUAAAGAAAACAAGAGGAUAAAUAAGCAGAAAUGUUCUGCUCUUCUGUACAGAAUAGGGACAACUUGCGUGACAGGGUCGGUUCUGAUUCUCUAUUCCAAGUUUUCAUUAAUUUACGAAAGUUUUCUACUCUA